UCCACUCGCUCCCAAACUUCGUCGUCCCCCGCCUGACCGCCCUUCAAAUAUCGCGUCGCCGCCAUCACCGAACCACGGACGCGCUUGCAUCGACGACUGUGGAGACCAGCGCUGGCUGGACCCUAGUUAUCACACUAUCUGGCGGUCAACUUUAGCCUAGCGACGAGCACAAUUUCAACACUUCCCGCCCACCUUCCUCCAAGGCCGCUGUUCCUCCUGCCUCCUCCACCACGCGCUCCUGCUGCGAUUUCGCCAGCGUGAGAGGUGAGGAGAGCCAAUCUCUUCGUCAUCGCCGCAUGACCCUCCCACCACCGCCAAUCCUCAACCCUCCGCACGACACGGCUCGGCGGUCAAGGUGGCCAUGAUCCUCCGCUUCAUUGGGAGUUCGCUCUUCCUCGCCUCGAUCGUCUUCACCAUCCCACUCGCUUUCGAUGUCGGCGGCCGAACGUGUGGGCUCGCCUUCAGUCUGAGCUUGGCCACGUACUACUUCAUCCUCUCCACGCUACGACUCGCGACGCCAGAUCAGUCAACAUGGAGGAGGGCAGGAGUCAACACGAUCGCCGCUAUGCAGCCCAUCAUGAUCGCAGGACUGCUGAUUUGGAGCCUGAACAAGUUCAGUGUGGACGCUGGUGAAGAGGGAACCUGGGUUAGUCGCGCCUUUUUCAACGCGACGAAGCCACUGCACCAGAGCCCGAGCUUCAAGGAAUGGGUGUUUGGACGUGAGGGAAUGCUGCAGUAUGCCUUGAUCGGCGGAUGGGACAAAUUUCUGAGGUAUUCCAUGCCUGUGUUCCAACUGGUCGAGGGCUUCUGCAGUCUGCUGGUCAUACAAGCUGCUGGGCAGGUCACGCGGUAUCUGGUCAACAACGACGAUGGAGGAGACACUUGGAUGCUAGGGCUCUUAAUACCAUCCGGCAGCAUCAUCGCCAGUUCAUGUUAUUUCAUCUGGCGCAUGUCGACCUUUCCGGGACUCGACAGCCAGGAUGCAGUACUGAUCGGCAUCGCCAUCACUUGCGCAGUGUUUCUGUGCGCUUGGGGCAUUGGAAGCGGGCGUGGGAACAUUGUGGAGAGUAGCUUGCUAUUCGCAUACAUCACGCUCUGCAUCUACCAGAUCUUCACCGAUUACCAGCCAAGCCACCCACUGCCAGAGUCUCCUCUACCGAACGACGUCAAUGAAUUCCCACCUCUCCCUCCAAUCCUGAUGGCCAGCUUCUCGACCAUCUCGCAAGCAUUGUCCCAAUUACCGAGCACCAUUUUGAACGGCUUCGGCUUCAUGUUUGCUGCUGUACAGACCGUAACGCCCUCGGUCAUCAUCUCGCUGAUCUACCGGCUUCUGGUCCUCUACGCUGCAGCACGCAUCAUCCCUGCUGUCCGGGAGUCUGGCGCGCGUGCUUUAGCACACGAUCCAUCGUUUGAAGAUUCGGAAGGUGUGCAUGGUCUCAUGGGAGUUCUAACGUACUACAGCCCAAGCAUCCUCAUCGCAGUGUACACAAGCCUUCUCCUCCAGCACUUUGCGACCGCUUCUGCAGAUCAUCCAGGGGAAUGGUGGACUAGUCAAGGCGGUGAAGGAGGAGGAAACAUCAGCCGGUGGGCCAACCUGGCUGGCACUAUGGCACUCUACGCAGUCGAGCUGUACUUAGGCAAGGACCAAGAUGAUGCCCUCCACUGGAAGCUGGAUUGAAGACAACCAGACAGGAUGCGAGAGUGAUUCACGAAAUUGUAUUUGACCCCAGAGGUCAUUUGAAGGAGCGAUCUGUGAUCGCGAACGGCUGGCCGUAAAGGCUGACAUGCACUCCUCUUGAGCAACUAUGGCAACGGACAAGGUGCGUUUGCCGGGCAUGGGUGUCGUACGUCAGAGGAAGGACGCGUCGUGCACAGCCAUACGAGAUUGGAAGCAUUCUCUUCGCAGCCGACGGGGCCGGCGUACGUGUGCACUUGCAUUUGGAACAGACCCAGCGAGGUCCAGGGAGUGGAGGAGGGAAGGCACAUCCCCUUUGUAGCAUUGGAUGAGAGGAAGAACACGCAGUUGAGGAUAUAAGAGAACGGUAGCGCGGGAGGAGGGGUGGCAGAAGACUGAAUGAAAUCACUAAUUCCACAGAGCGUGGUAAAACACCAGCCUAAGCGAUCGAUUAGAUACCCCAGAAAACGUCAAUUUGUGCAUG